UGCAGCCAUGAAGCAACCUAAGAACCCAAGUUAUACAAUCAUGACCUUUCACCCAACCACGGAAGAAUUUAAAGAUUUCCCCAGAUAUAUUGCGUACAUGGAAUCCAAAGGGGCACACCGCGCAGGCCUGGCCAAGGUGAUUCCCCCCAAGGAAUGGAAAGCCAGGCAGGCCUAUGAUGAUAUCAGUGACAUCUUAAUAGCAACUCCCCUCCAGCAGGUGGUCUCCGGGCGGGCAGGUGUGUUUACUCAAUACCAUAAAAAGAAGAAAGCCAUGACAGUGGCGGAGUAUCGCCAACUGGCAAACAGCGGAAAGUAUCGGACUCCGCCACACUCGGAUUUUGAGGAUUUGGAGCGAAAGUAUUGGAAAACCCGCCUGUACGAUUCUCCGAUUUAUGGCGCUGACAUCAGCGGCUCCUUGUUUGCGGAAAACACUCAACAGUGGAACCUUGGCCACCUGGGAACCAUCCAGGACCUGCUGGAGCAGGAGUGCGGCGUGGUCAUCGAGGGCGUCAACACGCCCUACCUGUACUUUGGCAUGUGGAAGACCACCUUCGCCUGGCACACGGAGGACAUGGACCUUUACAGCAUCAACUACCUGCACUUCGGGGAGCCCAAAACCUGGUACGCGGUGCCCCCGGAGCACGGCCGGCGCCUGGAGCGCCUGGCCACCGAGCUGUUCCCGGGCAGUGCCCGCGCCUGUGACGCCUUCCUGCGGCACAAGGUGGCUCUCAUCUCGCCCACGGUCCUCAAGGACAACGGGAUCCCCUUCAAUCGGAUCACUCAGGAGGCUGGCGAGUUCAUGGUGACGUUUCCCUAUGGCUACCACUCUGGCUUCAACCACGGCUUCAACUGCGCAGAAGCCAUCAACUUCGCCACCCCGCGAUGGAUCGAUUAUGGCAAAGUGGCGUCUCAGUGCAGCUGCGGGGAGGCCAGGGUCACCUUCUCCAUGGACGCCUUCGUGCGCAUCCUGCAGCCUGAGCGCUAUGAGCUGUGGAAGCGCGGGCAGGACCGGGCUGUUGUGGACCACACGGAGCCCACCUCGCCAGACAAGGGGGAGCUCAGCGCCUGGAGGGUGGCCCAAGCUCCCCGGAGAGCCCUGCUGGGCCUGAGGCACCUCCCACCCCGCCGGGCCACGCGCACCCCUCGGCCUGUGGCCGCUAGUGGUGGGACUGGCCGUCGCACCCCAAUGUGCCUGGCCUCCCCACGCUCCUUGCCGGCCCAGAGUUCUUCCUCUGAUGCCCAGUCUGGGCUUGUCCCCGCCUGCACUUCCCAGGAGGCUGGCCCCACCCGACCACCGACCCCGAUUCCCUCUGCCCGAGAUGUUCAUCCCUCAAUGGGCAGAUGUGGUCCUGGUCGUCGUCCUCGUCCUCGGGAACAAGGGACCCGGGGGCCCAGCAUCCAGGCCCGGGUCAAGAGGCGUCUCUCGGUGGGAACAAUGCACACAGCCCAGUACCCUGAGGCUCUGCCCCUCCCUAUGAAUGGACUCUUCAUGGUCAAUCCUGAGCCACUGAGCCCCGGACACCAGUUUUAUGCUGAAGUUUCUGGGUGCUGUUGUGCCCCUGAUCUUCAACCCUUAGGGCCUCCAUUGGAUCCUGAGAAUGCGAUGCACCCUGGCCCUUGCCUGCUAUCCCUGGACAACAUCACAAUCAACUUCUCUGACAAUGUCCCACUGACUUGCCCCAAUGUCACUGGGACUCAGAGAAGAUUCCCCAAGGACUCUGAUGGGGAUUGCAAGGCCCCUGUGAACCUCCCUGAGGUUUCUGAGGCAGUUGCCCUCUUUGAGCCCUGGGAUGUGUUCACCACCCAUGGAAGAUCUCCAGCCUUUGAGCUCAUGACUAUUGAAGAUUUUGCCCAGUAUGGCUGUAUCUGA